UUCUCUUCUUCUUCCCCACUUGUAUAUAUACUCCCGCGCGUCGCGGCUCAAAGCAAACCACAACCAGCGCAUUCAUCCUUCGAUCCAUCGAGUCAAGCAAAGACAAGUCAAGACUCGAGAGUUCUUCUUCUUCAUCCCCGAAAUCAUCAACACGAGGGAGGAGGGAUUUCUAAUGGCUGCAGCGGCUCCGGCUCUUUCUCUAGCACCCAUGGCGACGACGGUAACGGCGGCGGCGGCGCAGAAAGCGGCGUCCCCGAAGGCGGCGGCCGGCGGCGACGUGCGGAAGGUGGUGCCGGUGAUGGCGGCCGCAGCCGACGAGGUGGUCGUCCAGGAGCUGCACGUGCUGGCCGUCGACGACAGCGUCGUCGACCGCGCCGUCAUCGCCAAGAUCCUCCGCAGCUCCAAGUACAGAGUUACCACGGUGGAAUCGGCGACGAGGGCGCUUGAGCUUCUCGGCCUCGGGCUCAUCACAAACGUCAACAUGAUCAUCACCGACUACUGGAUGCCCGGCAUGACCGGCUACGAGCUCCUCAAGCGCGUCAAGGAAUCGUCUGAGCUGAAGGAGAUCCCCGUGGUGAUCAUGUCGUCGGAGAACGUGCCGAACCGGAUCAACCGGUGCCUGGAGGAGGGCGCCGAGGACUUCCUACUCAAGCCCGUCCGCCCCUCCGACGUCUCCAGGCUCUGCAGCCGGAUCCGAUGAACCCCGUCGUCUGGAUCAAGCAGGAUUAAUUUAUUCUUAGGAUUUUUGUUUUUUGUUUUGCCCCGUGUUCUUUUCCAUGGACAUAGAUCUGCUGCUGCUGCUGCUUCCUCAAACAAGAAGCUAACUUUGGGGGGCUGCCUUAGGAGAGACGAUUAGCUUUAGCAAGUUAGGAACGAGGGGCCGAUCAAGCAUCUGUUUGCUUGCUUUGUUCCCUCGUGUAGUCGUGUGAUCUGCUGCAAAGAUGCCCAAGAGAAAUGAGAAAAGGAAAUUUCAUUCAGCAAAAAGAAAGGAAUUCUUCUUGUGGACAGUCAAAUUCUUUCAGAGAAGUUUUCCCCUCUUCCCUGUUGAAAUGGGCAUCGGAGCAGAGCAGAGCAAACCUGUUAACUGUUUUUCACGAUCAGAGUUGACAUUAAUCGAUCCCGAAUUUAUUUACCCAAUCAA